AUGGAAAUUGACGAGGUCCCAUCACAAUCCCCUCCAGCAUCCGAGCAAUCCCCAUCCCCUGAAGCGGCGCCAAGACGAACGCUAGCCACAAAAACCCUGGAGAUUUGCGAUCACCUGAAGUCAAACUACAACAUGACACCAAAGCAGUUUAUCGAGGCAUUUCUCACUGCGGACAGUGAUGCGCUUUCUUUUCGUCGGCGUUAUUGGGGUUCUAAGGAUGGCUGGCCCUCAACUCUUGACAUAAUCCAAAAAAUCAAAAAGCAAGUGAAAAAGACACAAAAAGGUCAAGCUCGUUGGUGCGAAUUCAUCAAAAAUGAAGCCAUCCAAAUCUUGGAUAAGGAGAGACCUCCGACUGGCGAAUAUCCAGGUGGAUGUUUUCAAAGUAGCCAGAAAGUUGAACCAUCUUUCUUUGACGAUGAUGCUGUACUCGCCCGAGAAGAACUGCUCACCCAAGCCCACAUGCCUUUCCUCUUUGAAACACUCAUGGGGACUCUUCAACCAUCGAGCCAAGCGCAAUCAUCUGAGCAACCAACUGAAGAACCCGAAAAACAAAGCUUGGUGGACGAAGACGAAAGAGAACUAAUGGAAAUGGAAGAUAUUCAGUACAAGCGAAGUAGUAUGUUACCUUGUCGAAUGAGAAAAAUUGCAGCGACCAUCUGUGCACAGGUUGCAUUCGCCAAAAAUCGACGAUGCAAUGGUUUGCAGCUAUUCAACAGUGUACGCUUUGUGGCGGGUGGCAUCUCGGAGGUUGUUAACGACUACUUGCAUCUCAUCGGUUUAACCUCUUCACGACAAACAGCUCUCAAGGCUCUCACAUGCUCAUCAACUGGUGCAGCACGGGAUAUACGUACUUCGAUGAAAAUUGAUAAUAAUUCAGUCAUAGGCCCCGCAAUCUGUAUUGACAAUCUAGACAUUGAAGAGCGUGUUCACACUCAAUCUGUUGGCCAUCGAUCCAUGAUGUUUCAUGGUACAUGGGGUUAUAUACAUAAGCCAAACCCUUCCCUACUUGCUUCUUUAGAUCAUUCACACUUGACCUUAGAAGCCUACAAUCGAUCUCUUAGUGCAAUACCUGAAUUAAAGAUUCUUCCUAGAAUGUUUAUUCCAACUCCGGAGGAAGACAUUCAUUUUGAAGCAGUAAUGAAAAGUCAAAUUUCACGUGUCAUGCGCCAGUAUAUUGCCGAGCCAACAAAUAGAAAGUUUUCGAUACCUUCAAGUCCACCCGAAAUCGAGCUGAUUGACUGUUCACCACCAGAGAUCCAGAUGCUCAAACUUAUGGAUGCAUCUGAUAAUUCCUCAGAAGGUGUCGGACAAGUUUUGGAUUCAAUUAUUCGUCAAUCAGGUCUCACCGCAGAAGAAUUCUGCUCUCGCCUCCAAGUCAUGGAUGGUGACUUGGGUACUUGUCAGAACAUCAACUCCCUUCGAGCUCUACGAUCACCCAGCAGCUACUCUGAUCAUGCAUUACUCAACAUCACCAUGCAGCUUGGCUCGGCGCAUACGCUAUGGAACAUCUCUCAGAACAUCCUAAAUUCUCAUUUUGGAGAUCCGACAAAAACCAACGACUUGGGAGCAUGGCAGUAUUUGCAUGCACUUGGUAUCCCAUCGGACAAGGUGGCAUCCAAGAAAGAUUUUACAUUAAUGAUGAAGAACAUAGAAAAGGUACAUGAGGCGACUAUAUUUUAUUGUAUUCGCUCGGCAAUUGGUGACAAAAGAGAAAUCACCCAAACUGCAUGCUAUCUUGAUUCGUCUCCACGAUUUUUCAACUAUUGUCGAAGCCAACCGUGCCAUGAAGGCAGGAGACAUUGGACGUUUGAUGAGUGUUUGGAAGAUUUGGAGCCUAAUGUCACAGGCACUGACAGGACUAGUCAACUACCGGUCAUAUCUUCCUCGAAUGGUUCUUCUCUUGACCCAGAUACUCCCACCUGA